CAAGUUCCCCAGCAACAAUCAGCAUCCACCCGGAGAGAGCCCGGGGAGGCUGCUCCGCGCCGGCGGCUCAGUGCCCGGCGCUCCCACCCAUCCACCCCACCUUCUCUCCCUCCUCCUCCUUUUCCUUCUCCUUGCCCAUCCUUUUUCCUAUCCGCUCAAAACUCCUCAGCUGAGCUCCCCCUACACCCCAUCGUCUGCAACUGAGAAAGAAAGAGGACUACUAGAAGAGGGAGGGGGUCGGAAGCCUCCCCUCCACCCCCUAUCUCUAGCUCUGGUAGCGCCCCCCCCCCAUUUUCCGUCUCGCUCUCCACUGUGCCCCAGGUUGUUCUCUCGGGCCAAGCGCCAGCCAUGUCUAUGCUGCCGUCUUUUGGCUUCACCCAGGAGCAAGUGGCCUGCGUUUGCGAGGUUCUCCAGCAAGGGGGGAAUCUGGAGCGAUUGGGGAGGUUUCUCUGGUCCCUUCCUGCCUGCGACCAUCUGCACAAGAACGAGAGCGUCCUCAAGGCCAAGGCCGUGGUCGCCUUCCACCGGGGCAAUUUCCGUGAGCUCUACAAGAUUUUGGAGAGCCACCAGUUCUCUCCUCACAACCAUCCGAAACUGCAACAGCUGUGGCUGAAGGCUCACUACGUGGAAGCAGAGAAACUGCGGGGCAGACCCCUCGGGGCAGUGGGGAAGUACCGGGUCCGCCGAAAAUUCCCUCUGCCGAGGACCAUCUGGGACGGGGAAGAGACGAGCUAUUGCUUCAAAGAAAAGUCUCGAGGUGUGCUGCGGGAGUGGUACGCACACAACCCUUAUCCCUCACCCCGGGAGAAGCGUGAGCUUGCUGAGGCUACUGGGCUGACCACCACCCAGGUCAGCAACUGGUUUAAAAACCGGAGGCAAAGGGACAGAGCGGCGGAAGCCAAGGAAAGGGAGAACACUGAAAACAAUAACACAUCCUCCAACAAGCAGAAUCAGCUCUCUCCCCUGGAUGGGGGCAAGCCACUCAUGUCCAGCUCAGAAGAGGAAUUCUCACCUCCCCAAAGUCCAGAUCAGAACUCGGUCCUCCUACUCCAAGGCAACCUGAGCCAUGCCAGAAGCUCAAACUAUUCGUUGACCGGCUUAACUGCCUCUCAGACAGCCCACAGCCUCCAGGGGCACCAACAUCAGCUCCAGGACUCCCUGCUUGGACCCCUCACGUCUAGCCUGGUGGACUUGGGAUCCUAAAGCAAAAGCACUUCUGGCCCAUGGAGAACUAGUUGAAGCAUCCACUGAUCAGCAGCUAGAAACAUUUGUAAAUAUAGAACAGGAACAAUUUUGCAGCGCAUAUCUGGGGAACUUUCUGCAUCAAGGAAACAUGGACUUUCACAAAAUGCCCUUUUAGAAACGGUAACAGAAACAACCCUGCUCUCAAGAAAUGAUCUCUCCUCCCCAAUCCUUAAUUACUUUUACCUUUACCCCCUUCUCCCUAAGUGCCGGUGCAAGCCCCCAAACUAACAAAACUUCAAUGACCUACCAGUCUAUGCUACUGAUUCCAUCACCUUAAAUUAAGUUUAAAAAAAACACACAGGAAUUACAAACUAGUUGGAUUUCAAUUCUUUUAAUUUAUUUAUGAUUCAUUUUUAAAGGAGAGAGGAAAAAGAGAAGUCUGAUGCAAACAAGAGUUUCUACCAUUGGGGAAAUUUGGUUGAAUUCUUAAGCUGAAUAGGGGAAAAAUACUCAAAACCUUUUUUUUUGAGGGAGGAAAUUAAGUUUACAUUUUUCAUAUCUAGUGUUAAAUGAUUUCAAUUUAGUUUAAAAUAAAAAAGUAUUAGAAAAUCAAGUGCCUAAAUGUCUUAAUGCACAUAUAUAAGGCAGUUAGAAAUAGAAAGUGACCAUGGCAUUUUUGUUGGACUUUUAAGGAUUUUUGAGGGGGGAGGUUAUUGAUUUUCUUUUUUUUCUUUCUUUUUUUUGAUGGACUUUUGAAAUGCAUCAAUGUGAAGUAUCACAGUUUCCUGGAUGUUUCUUCUUAUGCCCUCAAUGCUUUCAUAUCCAGUAGUAUACUCUUGCUAAGUGUUUCUCCUAUUCCUAGUUUUUAGCUCGCAAAAGUAUUCCCAUAAAUCUGGUGACCUGGUAUUUGUUACCCAAGAUGGCAUGUGUUUUUCAGGGUUCUUUUCUAUUGUACCUAAAGCAGCCUAAAUUAAAACGUAGCAGAGCAUUAGGAGUAUGGUUCUCUUUUUCAAAGGUGAGUUUCUGUGUUGCUGUCAUCCUAAUUUUAAACAUACAAUUUUUGCCUUUUUUACUCCUGAUUGUUUGGAUUGUAGAGCACUUUGAAGGUCAUUAUCUGAAGCAGUUGUAGGAUCUGGUUUUGUCAUAUGACAGGAAAAGCGUAAACAUAGCUUUUUAGAUAGUCUUUUUAAAAUAUUUGGAAGUAAUGCUUCUGGAGUGCUCUUCUUGAGAAUGUUCGUGUGUUAAUGAAGCCACUCUUUGUCAACAGACGUGUUGACAAGACGGAUAAUAACAAAAUUUAUCAGACAAAAUUAGGAAAUCAAUCAGUAUGAGCAACAUUGUGAAUCUAUCUAUUGGGAAUGGUAUGCAAGCUGAUUGAACAGAAAUCUCUGUGCACUUGCUAUAAGACUAUGCUUUGAAAAAUACCAGUAAUUUCAUAGGCUCUUGUUUAUUUUUAUUUGGGGGAAAGGUGACAUAGCCUUUAUACUAAGCUUUAAAUUUUAGCGAGUGGCAUUAUUUAUUAAAAUUAUUCUCAAUAUUACUGUAUUGGCUGGUUCUUGAUUUGUAAAAUAUUGUUCCCAAGGACAGCCUAUUUGUUCUCUGACCAGAGUUUCAAAAUCUUGAUCCCCCCCUCCUUCCAUAACCAGCUCCAUUUACAUAUUCAUUUAGUAUGUUGACUUUCUCCUCGCCUUUGGGGUUAAUCCAAGGGAGUAACAGCAUGGUGAACGAAGGCAAUACUGGAUUUGUAGUCUGAGAACCUGCGUUCAACUCCAGGCUCUGCCGUUCUCUUAACUGUGUGGUUUGGGGCACCUGGCUUAACCUCUCUGUCUUUCAUCUCUAAAAUGAAGGGAUGGAAGUAGAUGAACUUUAAGAUUCAGUUCAGCUCUAAAUCUCUAAUCCUAUGAAUUUGGGGAAAUGGAAAAUGAAAGCUUUUUAUUUUAACUAGGUCUUUGGAAGCUGAAAAUGAUUUAUUGGUAGUUGAGGAAAAGGGUCUUAAUUGUUUCAUGUUAUUAUAGUAACUUUUAUCUAUGAAAUAAUUUCUCUGUCACAGACCCAUAAUUUGUUCAGAGAGGUUCAUUUGGGUCGGAAGCUCCUGGUCCCAAUAUCCCUUGUUAGCGUUUUGGAUCAUUAAGUUACUGUUUAUUUAAGUCACUAGGGUGUUUAUUCUCCAGGUCUUGGGCCACGGAGAAAUGCCACCCUCCGCAGGAGGGACUCUCACAAGGGGAUCUCCGUACAUUCUUUACAUUCACCCCCCAAAACAAAUACCCAGCACAAAGAUAGCUUUAAAUGACCCAGACCAACUUCAAAGAAGACCGCGGAAAUCUCUCUCAAAAAUAAGGAAAUGCUAAUUACUUUAAUUUUUUACAUGCCCCUUCCUCCCCCUCUCUUCUACUUCCUCUACUUUCUUUCAGCUUAGCUCGGUAUAAUUUUAGUAGCGGAGAUGCUCCCUGUGACUUCUUGACAAACGGAGGAAGGUUAAAUUCUCGUCUUCUGCUCCCUCAGUUGGUGAGUCUUGGAAAUGCCAGGCAAUUUGCAGAGCCCUGGUACUGUAAAAAGGCCCCGUGAUUACUGCUUGUAAAGUCGUUAAAAGAGCAAUUUUCUGUCACAGCCAUAAACUCUCUGUAAAAAUCCCUGGCUCUCGGGUGCAGCGCAAGUAUAUUCCAGAUGUGUUUAAAAAGAAGUUGCACAAUCCCUCCCUCCUCCGCCUGGUGACAGGAUGGGAAAGAAGGUGAGAAUACUGGAGAUGGCUUUUGUUUUCUCCUCAAUCGUUCCCAAGAGCUCAGUCCCAUUAGACGAAGCGCUUUUUUCUACAAGAGAACAUUGGGGAAGGGAACCCUUAAAGACUUCGAGGGGUGAUUACACUCUCUUUUUCACUGUGCCUGACUGCAACUCCUUUCAAAUUCCCUUUCUAUUCCAUUUACAGACUUAAUGAUGACGGUUAAAUUAAUGAACAAAGGCUCAUCAUUAAUAACGUAUUCUUAGGGGAGAAAGUACCUUAGAGGCUCUGCUAAACAAAAUAAGAAACAAGGGAGAAAAGGGGGAAAAAACUUGGCCAUUUUCCGGAAGUUUUAAGUAAUAUCUAGCUCUCUGAACUCUUUGUCUUUAACCUUUGAUUUAGAACUGUUUCUGAUGUUAAGGAGAAGGGGAUAUUACAGACAUUUUCUCAAUAUCCAGUGGAUGUGUCUGAGGUAACGUGGGUCCAGCCACAUCACCCCUGCUCAGGGUGGUGAGAAUUCUGAGGAGCUGAGCACCACUUGCUUUGAGGGUAGUCUCCUCAAAGGGAUCCUUUCAGUUUGUUUUUAAUUUUGAGUCAGAAGAAAAAAACAUCUAGUGGCUGUACCGAAGCGCUUAGGUAUGAGGAAUCCUACGAAAAAGAAAUCCAUAGCUAGACCCUUUCCCAAGGCUCCAGAAAUUGGAGAGAGGAGCGGAUGUGCUACUAGAAGCAGGCGAGCAAGCGCUUGACUUAGUCCGGUGCGCCUUGGGACUGGAGUGAAAAGGGGGCAGAUCGCGAUGACCUUCUCAAGCUCAAUGCGGUGGAGUUCACUCCUACUAGUUUUUACUUCCCGGCUAUGGGAUCUUUGGUUCUGCCUGUGGCCUCCGACUAGAGAGGCUGAGGUUACUGAUGUAUAUCAACACGUUUAAGGAUGUGUCAGGCCGGCAGGUCUCUGUACUUCCACGGCUCCUCCAAAGAGUCCAGCGCCAAGGAGGCCCUGGACUAGGUGAUGCGGCUGAGUAAAUCGAGCUGCCUUAAGUCCCUCUAACCCAACUCAGUCUUGCCUUCGGAAUUGCGGGGAAAGGAGCUGGGGAAUAUCUGGAGCACUGUGGCACCCCAACUCCUGAUUUUCCGUGUCCCUCGUCUACCCCGAUGUCCCCAACGGGCUUUUUGAAGCUGGGAGUGGAGGCCGACUUCGACACACCAUAAACAACCAGCUGCCCUGAAAAAGCCUUGGAAAUCAUUGUUUAGGAUGGGAAACUGUGACCAAAGCCAUUCUGUGUUCGUGGUUCCCCUUCUCAGGUGAUCAGCCUGGCUGCAGUAUGGAGGUGGGGUUGGGUUCUUCCAGAUGCCUUCAGCAUCCACAGUUUAGGGCUAAUGGAGAAAACCUCUUGUCCCCUCCGUCGUGGCCGGGUGCUGGAAGACCGUGGCCGGAUGGGAGAUUUAUAGCGAUUACACCUUCUUUCCCUGAGGGCAAGCAGGCUUCUCCGCUGGAAAACGCUUCCCCGGGUGCCAGCCCGGCUCCGCCGAGUUUACAGGAGGCCAACUGACGCACAGAGUUCUGGGUGAGAGCAGGAGACAACCACAUUUUCUCUGGGGGAGCCUCUGCAUUUAGUUCCCUGCCACCCACCUUCAUUAGUUCUAAUAACUUCCUGGAGACUGUUUCUUUGUAACUACGACUCCCCUCAGAACCACAUUGCUGACAGGCGGGGAAGAACUGCAAGGUGAUUAAGCUGUGGUCCUUUGUGCCUGACAAAAGGGUCAUAGAAGGUUCACUUUAAUGGGAAAGAGUUUAUGUGGCCUAAUCUAGCACCGAAGGCGCCCUCGGCAGCCUAAAGAAGACCCUGGAAAACUCAUUCUGGCCUCGGGAAUGGCUACAUUCUCUAGGCCUGUCUAGGACCAGAGGCUCCAGUCUUUAACUGAGGCCCUAAGGGGAGAUGGGGACCUCUUGGAUGGUGUGUUGAGCCUGGCUACUGCUGAACUCAGUGUAUCAGAACCCAGAAAAAAAGUCUGCACCUCCCUAUUCACAUGUUAACAAAACAAGACGCUUUGCAUCUUUGCUGUCCGUAGUUGACCCGGCUGUUCGGGGGUUGCAGUCUGAAGGGUGUGUGUGUGUGUGUGUGUGUGUGUGUGUGUGUGUGUGUGUGUGUGUGUGUGUGUGUGUAGGACCGCCUUCAUUUUCUCCCCAGCCUAGCUGAUCUUUUCCAAUCCCGGGGUAAACUACAGUGGCAAUUUGCCCACUCCAGAGUCUGUCACAUGGGAUAAAGGAUCUUUACUUUUUCUUUAAAAUAAUACAAAAACAAAAACUGAAGCUAGUAAGAGCUGAGGUUCCUUCUUGGGCCGGGUGAACCCUUCUUGUUGGUGCCCCUUGGAUUCCCAGCCCCCAGGAGGUAUAGAUAGAUUCACAGCUGCUCAAAAUCCUUACCCGAGGCCACUCAAGGGCUCGGUAUAAAUUCCCGGCUUCUGAUUGGGACCGAGAACUUGACCAAUAUUGAAAAGAAAGAGUGGCCUCCAUAUAGGAAUAUUUGCUAGUGUAAGCAGUUGUCCAGGUGGGAAGCAGCAAAACAAAGCCAAUAUAAGGGCAAAUUGCAGAACAAAUUUUUAUCCAGGAAAGUAUUACUCUGAAAAGGCUAAUUUUUUCCCCUAAUAUUUUAAAACAGCACACACACUUCAGUCCAGCUGAUGAAAUAAGAAACCUGUUCCCCUACUGAGGAUGACGUUCAGUGUUUUCGAGGCUCUGGUCCUUCCAGACAGCGAGAAACAACACUGCAGUAGCAUUUAAAAACAAAGGAAACGACUCAGAGAGGCGAGUGAACUGCCCUUCGCAUCAGGGUUUUAACUUCCCUCUUUUUAACUUGCUAGCGGAAAACUGAGAAGAGAGUUCCCAGCAGGUAGAUUAGAACUACCUGAAGAUUUAUUCUCGACUUUUGUUUUGCUACUUGAGUGUCUCUUACUUUUUUCUUUCCCCUGAAAUUGGUCAGUGCCGAGGUUUUCACUUUUGCUGAAAAGGUUAAACAUUGUCAGAACGUGUCCUCUUUUGUAUCAUUAACUAGAUUAUUGGGUUGGGGGGAGACGCCUCCACAACCGAAUUAUGUUCUGAGAAAGGAAAAGUUUAGAUUUAAAUAUUGAAAUAUAUUUGAAUAAACUACUGAGCUGCAACUGGAUUAAAUUAAAUGGUACUGGCUUAUCCCCCCCACCCCCUCCUUCCCCCAGGAGUCUUCAUUAAAAAAAAAAGAAAAUUAAACUACCCACCUCUUUUCCAAGUAUAAAUGGAGAAGUAAAAAUGAAGUAUUUUCUCCCUUUCUGGUUGGUCCCACCCCAACCUCAACAAUAUGGAAAAUAUAUUUUUACCCUCUAGAGACAGGCAUAUCCAAAAUGGAGCACAAUGGAUUUAGAAAGUUGGAUUUUAAUUUUCAGAUUAAAUUAUUUUAAUCCAGGAUUUUAAAAUUAAUCAUUGCUUUGAAAAUUCCAUGGUCUCUUCUUAGCUGAAGAUAUUUUGCUCAAGGAAUUUGCAAGAGUGGAUAACUACAGGUUAUGUAUG